AACAGUAGAAAUAUUGACACAUCUGUUCAUAGUCCAGUGCAAAUAUUCGCGCUUCAUUCACUGCCGCAUCUGAUUGUGAGUUCAGUCGUUUUUCUGAUUAUUUUUUUUUCUUGAAAGAACAUUAUGGAAAAUUCAAGAGAAGGUCUUCUUCUUGGCUGUGGAAAUCCACUUCUGGACAUCAUUGCAACGGUUGAUGAUGAAUUUCUCCAAAAAUAUGGCCUAAAACCAGAUGAUGCCAUCCUUGCAGAUGAAGUUAAACAUAAAAACCUUUACAAGGAAUUAGCUGAAAUGGAUUCGGUCCAGUAUAUGGCUGGUGGAUCAUGUCAGAAUUCAUUGCGCGUUGCCCAAUGGAUUUUGCGUAAGCCAAAAGUGUGCGCUUUUUUUGGAUGCGUUGGCGAUGAUGACUAUGCAAAAACCUUAUCGGAGAAAGCAACAGCCGAUGGUGUAAAUGUGCUUUAUCAACAAAAUGAUGCAUUGCCGACGGGAACAUGUGCCGUAGCACUUACAAAUCACCAUCGAUCACUGUGCGCCAAUCUAGCCGCUGCAAAUACAUUCACCGUUGACCAUAUCAACAAACCAGAAAAUCGAAAAGUUGUCGAUAAUGCCAAAUAUUUUUAUGCCACCGGUUUCUUUUUAACGGCCAGUGCUGAAACAGUGCAAGCAAUUGCGAAACAUUCACUCGCCACAAAUGGUACAUUCUUGAUGAAUUUAAGCGCACCAUUCCUUGCUCAAUUCUACAAACAGCAGCUAAUGGACGCCUUACCAUUUGCGGACAUUGUGUUCGGGAAUGAAACUGAGGCUCUCGCAUUUGCAAAGGAGGUAUCUUUUGAAACUGAAAAUUUGCAUGAGAUUGCAUUGAAAAUUUGUCAACUUCCAAAACAAAAUGAGAGUCGUGAACGAGUUGCGAUUGUUACACAGGGAAAAGAUCCAGUUCUAUUGGCACAUAAUGGAAAAGUUUUCGAGAUUCCAGUUCAGAAAUUAUCAAAUGAUGAAAUUGUUGAUACAAAUGGUGCUGGUGAUGCUUUUGUCGGCGGCUUUUUGGCACAAUAUGUUCAAGAAAAACCAUUGGAAACAUGUAUACGAUGCGGCAUUUGGGCAGCACAAGAAAUUAUCAAACGUUCCGGAUGUUCAUUCGAAGGAGAAGCAAACUUCCAAGAAUAAAUUUAGAAAAAAAAA